AUGUUGAGAAAAUAUGUACCACGCAAGUUAAUAGGUAUGUAUUUUCUUUCUCUAGCAAUUACAUGUCUAUUAAGUUUUUCAGUUUUCAGAUUUAUAUUCACAUUACCAAAACAGCCAAUUGUUUGUCCGAGACCUAGUAAUUUUCGUGAAAUUACGCUAAAUUCAGUUGAUGAAAUUGCAUUUAUUACUGUUCCAAGACCAUUUAUGAAUGGUGAUAUCUUCGAAAGGAACAAAUUAGCGAUUCAUUCUUGGCUUUCAGUUUCAAAUUCGAGUAGAGUUCUCUUAUUUGUAAAUAGAUCAGAAUACGAUCCAUCAGGAGAGUUCCCAAAUCUUCUUGAUAAAUUAUACGGCCCAGAUCGCGUAAAAUAUCUUGGCUAUAUUAAAUCAGACCUUAAUGAAGUUCCAUACAUUGAUCAUUGGUUUAUAAGAGGACUUCAAGAAACAGAGUCAAAAUAUGUUUGCUUUAUCAAUGCUGAUAUCGUAUUAUCUUCAACUUGGCUUCAUCGAGUUAAACAAGUAUUCCAAUCAAUGAAAAAUAAGAAUGUUGUCAUGAUAGGACAAAGAAUCGACUUUGAUUUACGAAAAGAAAAAUUAUCAACUCUCAACUACGGAUCUAAGGAUUUCCUUAAAGAAAUAGAUAGAUUUGUAAUGGACAGUUAUCAUGAAGACCAUAGCCCAUAUGGUAUUGAUACAUUCACAUUCCGAGCAGAUAAUCCUCCAUUUAAUCCAGAAAUGAUACCCCCAUUUAUAAUGGGAAGAUAUAAUUGGGAUAACUGGCUUGUUGGAUGGCUAAAUACUAUAUGUGAUACAGUUACAUUUAACUUAGAUCCGCCAAUUUACCACGUUAACCAUGAACGACAUAAUUUUGAUCCAGAAGAUAAUAGAGUUGCUGUAAAUGAUAGGCUUCGAAAGGCCAAUCGUAAUUUCUUCGGCUCAAAUUAUGAUACUAAUUGGGAAAUUAAAGAUGGAAAGAUUUGUUCGAGAUUACUACCAAUUAGAUACGAUUUACCAAAGAUUGAAGAUUAG